AUGUCGAGUUGUAUUUGAAAAUGUGCCUGGGAUUUUAUUUUAACCACAUCCGAUAAUGUGAUAGACAUAGAGAAAAUUGUCUUGAAAGAAGAAUUUAUUAUACACCGUUCUCAAGGGAGAGUGGGCACACAACACUACACUAGGCCACAUGGAGAAGUACCAGGAUUAGUCAGGAGACAUAAAGAGCAAUGGCAAAGCAUAGGCCAGAGCCUUUGUUGUGAUUUUUGUGGGAAGGAGUGGGUGAGACACAGUAGGCAAGCUGAACAAGUUUAGGAUUGGAUGGUUGGAAUAAUCUUGGCAGGUCAAAGGGUGGACCUUAGUUGUUCAGUACCUGGCUCUGAGGUGAUUUAGGGUAGGGAAACAUUGGCUUGGUGUGAGAGGGUUAGUUAAAGAAGGUGGUUGGGGUGUGGGUUCAAGAUUGGUUGGUUUGCAUGUGAAAGGCACGGUCACAGGCAAGUUGGUUGCUACCUCUAGGAGUUAUCUAGCCCUGGAAGGGGAAGUCAUUACCUGGAUCUGCACAGCCCUAAGAUGUCAAAGAUUCAUAAAAUAAAAAACAUGAUUAAUACAAGUCAUUUGUGGAACUGGAUUUGAAACCAGGCAGUGUGGUUCUGCAGAGCACAUUCUUAAACUUCUUUACUAUUAUUUUGCCUACAAAGAGAUAAUAAUUAGAUGUACAGCAGAUUUUCCCUGAGCAGCAAGAAAUAUUAGUGAAAAUAUCAUUAAUGUACAUAUCAUUAAUGUAACAGAAAGAAACCUGUUACUCUGACUUCUUAACCUAGAAUCUAAGCCCAGCUAUUUUUUAGCAUACCUAAAACAUAACGUUUUUAGACAUGCUAAGAUUGAGCUGUCAAAGGAUACACCUUAUCAAGAAGGAUUUUAACCCAGAAAAAAGUUUAGAUGCAAGAAGAAAUACUAAGGAAAGAAAUUGGCCAAAUGAUAAAUAUUUAGAUUGAUUGCUUUUAAAAAUAACAUUUUGGGGGCUGUUCAAAAAUAAAAUGGACUUAAAAUACUAGACAGAAAUACCUAAGAAAAUAGGAGAAGUCAGAUUAGAUUUAAAGCAUUUUCAUAUUCUCAUUUGGGAGGAUAAUGAUAAUGUUUAAUUUUAUACUCUUAUGUAGCAUGUUUAAAAUGUAGUUACUUACUAAAGGAAUAGAAGCAAAUGAUUUAACUUUAAACCAGUUAAAGGAUAAUAAAGAAAACUUGAUCUAUCUAGCGUAUGGCACAUGUAAGUUGAUUAAACUCAUCUAUUAAAGACAAAAUUUAAAAUUAUAAGUUAAUACCAAAGGAUUAUAACCAUAAUGGGAAAAGAUAUGAUAAAUACUUGUUAAAAGAAAACUGGCAAGGAAAUAUUCAUAUGUGAAAUAGAACUUAAGGCAAUAAACAUUAAUAGGGUUAAAGGAGGACAGUAUGUGAUGAUAAAAGGAACACAGUACUAAGUUUCUAAUCAAUUUGUAUGUACCUAAUGACAUGUCUUUUCACAUCAUGACCAAAAACAAUAGGUUUUGUUUGGCACACUGAUUGGAGAGUUCUGCAGUAGAAAGUAAGAUAGAUAAAAGCGGGGGCAUAUUUUUCUUGUUCAUCACUAAAUUUCCAGUGCCUAAAAGAGUUCCUGGUGCAUCGGGACUCAUUUAGAUAAGUGUUGUAUAAAUAACUAAAGAAAUAAUGGACAGCUACAGAGGAAAUUGACAAAUAUACAGUCAAUGUGAAAUUUUUAAAAACCUUUCAGAUACUGACAGAUCAUACAGAAAAAUUAGUAAGGCUGUAGAAACUUUCAACAACACAAUCAGAAAGCCUGAUAUAAUAGCUUUUUGAUAAUUCUGCUCACAACAAAGUAUAAGCUUCUGUGAUAUAUAUAAAUAUUGACUGCAACCAGGUAACCAAGCAAGUCUUCACAAUUCCCAAGAAUCUAUGCCAUGUAGUACAAUAAAAAGAUAAGCUUUAAAAAUUCAUAUGUUUGGAAACUAUUUAAUAAAAACCAUAUUCCUAAACAGUUUAGAGAAAAAUCACAGUGGAAAUUUAGAGAGGGAACUUAUAGUCUUAAGUGCAUUUGUGAAAGAAUAAGAAAUGCUCAUAUUAAGCAUUAUUGAAGAAGUUAGGAAAAGGACAGGAUGCACCCAAAGAAAGAAGAAAAUGAUUAAGAGCAGAAAUAGAAAACAAAACAAUAAUAUAGAGAUGUCAGCAAAAUCAACAGAUGAUUCUUGGAAAAAAUUAAUAAUUUUUAUAUUAAUGAACCUUUAGAAAACUCAGAAAUAAAAAAUAAGAGGCACAAAUGUUAGGAACAAAAAAAUGAAACUUUAAUGAUAAAAAAAACUUAGGAAUAGCAUGAAUAAUCUUAUACAAUGAUUUUAAAAACAGAUGCACAUUUUCUUGAAAAAUAGAUACCAGGACCAGUUCAAGAAGAAAGAAGAAUUUGAAUAGGCCAAUAAUUAGGGAAGUAAUCAACUCUAUAAAAGAGGCACAUUGUCAACCAAAUAGGAUGUGUGGACCUUGUUUGCAUACUAAUUCUAACAGAUCAAUAGUGCAAAACAAAACAAAGUUUAUGAAAUAAUGAAAAUGUUAAUCAGAUAUUUGACGAUAUCAAGGAAUUAUAUUUAUUUUAGAGGUAUAAUGGUGGUUUUUCUUUUUUUCAGGAAAAGGAUAUACUAAAGUACUCGGGUUAUGUAGGACAUUUUGGAUUUGCUUCAGAAUAGUUAGGUGGUGGUGGUGGAGGAAAGUGAGUAUGGGUUAGUUUUAUUUUUAGUUUGUCUUUUGUUUUUGAUGGGAAAAUAUUGGGCAUCCAGUAUUUUUUCAGAAAGAGCUGAAUGAAAGGGGAAGAGUGUGAAGAUUGAGAAAGGCAGGUAGUUGAUGAAUCAAGGUCCCUGUGGAAGUGAGAUGAGAUUUAGAACAUAGAUGGAACAUUUUCCUUUGAGAAAGAGAUGAGACCUUUUCCUCAGAAACUGGGAAAAAUAAUGCACUUAAAGAUCUAUUUGGAAUCUGGAAAAGGUGAUGCAGACAAAUAUAUGUCUGUAGGCCAAGGUAGAUUUACUACGUAAUUAUGACAUGUAAGAUUUAGGGUGCAUUACUUACCUUUGUCCCUUUGAGUGAUAGGCAUUACUAGGAGUUGUAAUGUUCAAGGUAGGGAGGGAACACCAGGUUGUAAUCCAGAAGCAUUACUGUGUAAGCAUUUCUGAUAAUGAAAUUUCAGGGGAAAGUUACCAAAUUUAUAAGACUUAAGUAACUUAUCAUGACUUCUUUUUUCAUUUUAGAUAACUUUCACUCAGUAGCUAAUUUGGUAUUUGUAACUUUGUGUUUCAUUUUGUUAAAGAGGUCCACCCACCCCCCAAUUUGAAUAAACAUUAAAUUCCACAAUACCUGGAUUUGUCCCUGCUUGUUGGUAUGGGGACAGAAGUUGAGGGAGUUCAGUCUUCAUUGUCUGAGUGAGUUAAGGGACAAGAUGAUCUGAGAAGGAUGGAGGUAGGAGGCUUGGGUGAGAGUGUGGAUUGUUCAGAAUGGUCCCUGUGGCACUGAGAAGAGAUCUGACUAGGAUCUCUGCUUCUGAGAGCCCACACUGAAUUUGUCUUUUAUUUCUCUCCACCCAGUUUUGGUCGUACAGGUGUAGGAGUAGAGAAAGCACACUUUUCAGAUUAGGGUUCCAGGAUAGUAGAAGGGGGGUAGUUAGUGUAUUGAGAAAGCAAGCAGAGAGAGGAGUUGGAGCGGAGGCUGGCUCAGAAGACAGCACAGACAGCAGACGGUGCUCACUCUGGGAAGAGCAAGGGGCGGAGCAUUUGUUGAGGCUGGAGAGUAGAUGCACAAUCAAGCCUUGAUGAAAUAAUCAAGACCCAGAUGAGGAAGUAGAGGAAGUAAGUUUCCAGCAUACUCAGAUUUAUACCCAGGACUCGGUGGAAGGGAAGCCUGCGGAGGAGAAUGUCCCUGGCUGCUUAUUGUGUCAUCUGUUGUAGAAGAAUAGGAACCUCUACUCCCCCGCCAAAAAAAGACACAUACUGGAGAGAUAUCAGAAAUAUAAUAAAAUUUACUGGAUCACUUCUUUUAGGAGGUUCUUUAUUUCUUACAUAUGAAGUUCUGGCGCUGAAGAAAUCUUUGACAUUAGAUACUGAAGUGAUAGAAAGAGAAAAAAUGAAGUCAUAUAUAUACCUCCCCACAGUUUCUUUAGAUGAAAGAGAAAAUCCUGGGAUUGUCUACCAGGCAAGAAAAGAACUUCACAAAGCAAUGAGAAAAGUGUUGGCAACAUCAGCUAAGAUAUUACGGAAUCCAUUUGCCGAACCUUUUAGUACAGCUGAUAUAGAAGAUCAUGAGUGUGAUGUGUGGCUGCUGCUGAAGAAGAGCAGGUCAGAGGACAAAGCCGAGCGGUUAGAGGCUGUUCGGGACAUGUCAGAGACCCACCACUGGCACGAUUACCAGUAUAGGAUAAUUGCUCAAGCCUGUGCUCCAAGAGUUCUUAUUGGUUUGGCACGAAGCAAAGAGAGUGAUCUUCGCUUUUUUCUCCCCCCACCUCCUUUGCCAUCUUUAAAAGAAGAUUCUUGUAUUGAAGAAGAGCUCCGACAGUUGCUGGCUUCUUUACCUCAAACAGAGCUAGAUGAGUGUACCCAAUAUUUUACAUCCUUGGCUCUUAAUGAAAGCAGUCAAAGUCUAGCUGCCCAGAAGGGUGGUUUAUGGUGCUUUGGAGGAAAUGGACUUCCUUAUGCUGACAGUUUUGGAACAGUUCCUUCAGCUACAGUGGAAAUGUUCUGUUUAGAAGCUAUAGUAAAACAUUCUGAGAUAUCUACACAUUGUGAUAAAAUUGAAGCAAAUGGAGGCUUGCAACUACUUCAGAGGCUGUACCAGCUUCACAAGGACUACCCUAAAGUACAGAGAAAUAUAAUGCGUGUCAUUGGAAAUAUGGCUUUGAAUGAACAUCUUCAUUCUCCUAUAGUUCGCUCAGGCUGGGUUUCCCUCAUGGCAGAAGCAAUGAAAUCUCACCACAUUAUGAAGGCUUCACAUGCUGCCAGAAUCUUGGCUAAUCUAGACCGAGAAACUGUACAAGAAAAAUAUCAGGAUGGGGUAUAUGUGCUACACCCCCAGCAUCGAACAAGUCAGCCCAUUAAAGCAGAUGUCCUUUUUAUCCAUGGCCUUAUGGGAGCAGCAUUCAAGACAUGGCGCCAGCAGGACAGUGAGCGGGUUGUGCUUGAAAAGGCUGUAGGGGAUGAAGACAGGUAUACAACGUGUUGGCCAAAGACAUGGUUAGCAAGAGACUGUCCUGCUCUCCGGAUUAUAUCUGUGGAGUAUGACACCACCCUCAGUGACUGGAGAGCAAGGUGCCCCAUGGAAAGUCCAGUUGAAUUCAGAAGCAACGAAUUUCUUAGGAAGCUCAGAGCUGCUGGUGUGGGGGAUAGGCCACUGAUUUGGGUAUCACAUAGCAUGGGAGGUCUUCUUGUCAAAAAGAUGCUGUUGGAAGCCUCUAAGAAGCCAGAAAUGAGUACUGUUAUAAACAAUACCAGAGGAAUAAUUUUUUAUAGUGUCACUCAUCAUGGAUCACAUUUGGCUGAAUACUCUGUUAAUGUUCGGUAUCUUCUCUUUCCUUCUUUGGAAGUCAAAGAACUCAGCAAGGGAUGACUUUCUGGAGUUUGC